GGGGGAUCUCUUUCGACGUUUUUUUUUCUGGUGGGGGGUGUGGAGGCUGUACUUCCCUCAGUAAACUGCGGCAGCGUCGGUAGCCAUGAACCCCGAGAUGCUCGGCCUAGGGUUGGGAGGCUCUGUUCUGUCAGGAGGCAGCCAGAAGCAGUGGCAUGGAGAAGUCACUCAGGAUCUCCGAGACCGAUUAGUUUAUAAAUUAGUCCAAGCCAUAUUUCCUACUCCUGACCCUAGAGCACUGAGGGAUCAACAUUUCGGGAAUCUGGUGGCAUAUGCUCGGAAGGUGGAAGGGGAUAUGUAUGAAUCAGCAAACAGCAGGGCAGAGUACUAUCACUUGCUAGCAGAGAAGAUCUAUAAGAUUCAGAAGGAGUUGGAGGAGAAACGAAGAACUAGGCUGCAGAAGCAAAACAUGAUCCCAAGUGCUCCAGGCAUGCCACAGGCUCCCAUGCAUCAAGGGCCCAACAUGGGACAGCCCCAGCCAGGGAUGUCUGCAAUGCUGGAGAAUUGUCUGGAAAAGCUGAGGCUGGAGGAUCCCUAAUGCUAUGGAAAUCUGCUGUUCAAGUUGCACGCUGUAGACUUUGCAAGCUCCCCGCCCCUGUCCCUCUGUAAUUAGACUGUGACCCCAGUCGCUACCCCAGAUUCUCAGCGUGGUCCGCACCGAUAGUGACACCCCUUUGCGUUUAGAGUGACAUGCUCGCGCCUUUGGAAGAGCAGCCCGCGUGUGUGGGUGAGCCUUUGGAAUGAACCUUGUCCACGCUGCCUUGCUUUUGCCUGCAAAAGGCCACACUUAUGUGUGAGAGAGGAACUGUGCGCAUGCUUCACACAUCUGUUGUGCAGCUGCUCACUGCAAAGUCUGUACAGAGUAGGAACGUUCAGUACAGGCUUUUUUUUUUCUUUUUACAAUCACAGAAUCAUAGAAUGGUUUGGGUUGGAGGGGACCUUAAAGAUCAUCUAGUUCCAACCCCCCUGCCAUGGGCGGGGACACCUCCCACUAGACCAGGCUGCUCAAAGCCCGAUCCAGCCUGGCCUUGAACACUUCAGGGAUGGGGCAUCCACAGCCUUUCUGAGCAACCUGUGCCAGUGCCUCACCACCCUCACAGUAAAGAAUUUCUCCUAAUAUGUAAAUUUCCCCUUUUUCAGUUUAAAACCAUUAUCACGUGUCCUAUUGCUGCACUCCCUGACAAAGAGUCCCUCCCCAUCUUCCCUGUAGACUCCAUUUAAGUACUGGAAGGCCGCUCUUCUCCAGGCUGAACAACCCCAACUCUCUCAGCCUGCCUUCACAGGAGAGGUGCUCCAGCCCCCUGGUCAUCUUUGUGGCCCUCCUCUGGACCUGCUCCAACUGGUCCAAUUCCUUCUUACGUUGGAGCCCCCAGAGCUGGUCAGGGGGGUGUCUCACCAGAGUGGAGCAGAGGGGCAGAAUCACCUCCCUUGACCUGCUGCCCACACUUCUAUUGGUGCAGCCCAGGAUGCGGUUGGCUUUCUGGGCUGCAGGAGCACAUUGGUGGCUCAUGUUGAGCUUCUCAUCCACCAACAGCCCCAAGUCCUUCUCCUCAGGGCUGCUCUCAAUCCAUUCUCCACCCAGCCUGUAUUUGUGCUUGGAAUUGCCCUGACACAGGUGCAGGACCUUGCACUUGGCCUCAUUGAACUUCAUGAGUUUUGCACGAGCCCACCUCUCAAGCCUGUCCAGGUCCCUCUGAAUGGCAUCCGUUCCUUCCAGCGUGUUGACUGGGACACAUAGCUUGGUGUCAUCGGCAACCUUGCUGUGGGUGCAAUGUCAACACAAUGAAGGUGAUAACAAAAUAAAAGGGGUAGAAAUGAGAAAUACUUCACUAUGUCUGGGGAACAUAGCUUUUGCGUAAAAGAGGACGGGUGCCAGAGACAGCCAGCUGUGGUGAGGGAUGCUGCUGCCGGUAUCACUGGGACCGCAACACUUUUCCAUGGGGAAGAACAAAGAGCCAAAAGGGAGAGAAGGAUUUCACAGAAUAGCAGAAUUGUAGGGGUUGGAAGGGACCUUUGGAGAUCAUCUAGUCCAACCCCCCUUCCAGAGCAGGGUCACCUAGAGCACAGAAGAACGGAUGCUAUAAAUGCGUACAAAUUUUUAAAACCAACUGCAUAGCACUGUAAGCACUUUGAGGCCUCUUUUGUAUAGGUAAUACUUUCUUUGCCAAAUAAAACAUCU